GGUUAAAGCACAUUCUUCCUUCAUAUUUAGCUGGGGUACUGCAAACAAUGGGAAGCUCAUCACUCUUCUCUUCACUUGCAAGAAGAUUAGAGGGGAAGGUGGCAUUGAUCACCGGAGGGGCUAGUGGCAUCGGGGAGUGCACGGCUAAAUUUUUUAGUCAACAUGGUGCUAAAGUCAUGAUCGCCGAUAUACAGGAUGAUUUAGGUCAUUUGGUAUGCAAAUAUAUUGGCCCUGGAUCAGCAUCUUAUAUCCACUUUGAUGUCACGGAUGAGAACCAAAUUCGAAAUGCGAUUGAUACAACUGUUGCUAACUAUGGGAAGCUGGAUAUUAUGUUCAACAAUGCAGGCAUUAUAGACAAGCCCAAACCAAGAAUUUUGGACAACGAUCUAUCAGAUUUCGAACAAGUCCUAAAAGUGAAUGUCACCGGAACUUUUCUCGGAAUCAAACACGCAGCCCGUGUUAUGAUCCCUGCACGCCAAGGUAGCAUAAUAUCAACAUGCAGCAUUAGUUCGAUUACUGCUGGGCUUGCAUCUCAUGCUUAUACGUCUUCGAAACAUGCCAUAUUGGGGCUAACUAAGAACACCGCCGUUGAGUUAGGACAGUUUGGUAUUCGAGUGAAUUGCAUAUCCCCUUAUGGAGUGGUGACUCCUAUGUGUAGGAAAUUUGGUACGAUCGAGGUUGAGGUGCUAAGAGAACAUUUGCAUUCAGUUGCUAAUCUCAAGGGGUUGAUACUUGAGGCAGAGGAUAUAGCAAAGGCUGCCCUUUACUUGAGCACGGAUGAUUCGAGGUAUUUGAGUGGGCACAACCUUGUCGUCGAUGGGGGCUUUAGCAUUGUUAAUCCUUCUUUCGCCAUGUUCAAAUAUCCUGAUUCUUGA